AUGGACACCGACAAUGCAUCAGUUUUCGCCAACUUACCCGUUCUGUUGGGACGGAACGCAGUGGACAUCGAGACAGGCAAGGUUGAACUGGACGAGUUUUCGGGCGGUGAUUCCCAAAAGGGGUUCCUGUCCGAGACGGUCCAGGCAGCUCGGGUUGCUUCGUGCUUGUCAGCGUCUUCCGAGUGCAGGGAGCAAGUGGUGUUGCUCCUGGGCGCCACCUUCGCCCUUGCCCAGGGUGUUACGGCUCCUGCCAUUGCCCUCUUCACAGGGGCAAGCAUCGCCACUUUGACUGCGGACACCGCGAAGGAGCACCUUCUCACAGCCAUGGCGCCAGCUCUGACGAAAGUUGCGGUGCUGGCCGUCAUCCAGUUCUGCUUCGCGUUCGCCUGGCAAACUUGUCUCGCCUGGGCUGCUGCCAAACAGGCGCACCGCUGGCACCGUCGCUUGUUGGAGGCAUUCCUGUCCCGCGACAUAGCCUGGUACGAUGAGAACGAGCCGGCAGGAAUGGCAAGCAAGCUUGAGGCGGAUGUUGCGAACGUCUACGUCUUCAUGUGCACCGCUCUCGGUUACCUGAUUGCAAGCCUCGGGCAGACCGUGGCGGGCUUCUCUCUGGCGUUGUACAGUGGCUGGCAGCUGUCCCUGGUGGUUUGUGCAACCAUCCCACUCCUGGUGUGUGCCGGCCACCGCAUGGGCCGGGAGAUCGAGCAGCAGACGUCCAAGCAGGCGGCAGACUUCGCUCGAGCCUCUGCUGUGGCGGAGGAAUCGCUGAUGGCGAUCCGCACCGUGGCGGCUUUCGGCGGCGAGUCUGUGCAGUCUGCCCGCUUUGGAAAAGAGCUGCUCUCAGCGAAGGAGGGCGGCAUCCGAUCCGGAUGGCGGAUUGGCGCUGCAUGGGGCGGCUUGAACUUCUUCUACUCCUGCCUCUACGCGCUGGCCCUCUGGUUCGGUGGUCACGUCCUCAUGGAGAAGAAGGGCUUCCAGGCCGACGACAUCGUGAUCGUCAUGAUCGCCAUGAUGGUCGGCAGCUCGGGUCUCAGUGCCUUCAGCGGCUAUGCGCCGGUGAUGGCGCGAGCCGUCGUGUCCUUCAAGGCCAUGAAGGCUCUCAUGAAGUCAAAAAGCACGGCACAGGAGGCCAUCGAGCCGCCGCUGUACACCGAAAGGGGCUCUCAGGCGAUGCCCGAGGAAGUUUGCGUGAUUGACAAGAUCGAGUUCCGAGAUGUGAGCUUCAGGUACCCCACGAGGCCCGAGACGUGGGCGCUGGAGAACUUCAGCUUCCGGGUGGAGAAGGGCCAGAAGAUCGCAUUCGCGGGUGAGAGUGGGAGCGGCAAGAGCACGGUGCUGCAAUUGUUGGAGCGCUUCUACGACCCCUGCGCUGGAGAAAUUUCGGUGAACGGGGUUCCGUUGAAGGAGAUUCCGGUGAAGGCCUGGCGCAAGCAGAUCGGCUAUGUUGGUCAGGAGCCCGUUUUGUUCGCCAGCAGCGCCAUGCGCAACAUCAAGGCCGGGGACGACUCCAUCAGCGACGAGGCUGCAAUGAAGGCGGCUGAGGCGGCGCAGAUCUACGAAAUUCUUCGGCAGCUCCCCGAGGGCUUCGACACCUUCGUCGGCGCAGCUGGCGGGAUGCUGUCGGGAGGACAGCGGCAGCGAGUGGCCAUCGCCAGGGCCCUGGCCAAGAAUCCGCAGAUCCUGAUCCUCGACGAGGCAACUUCGGCUCUGGACAGCGAGUCCGAGCGGCUGGUGCAAGCCACCCUGGACAGCGUCACCGCCGGACACUUCGACUUCACCACGAUCUCCAUUGCCCACAGGCUGGUGACGAUCAAGGGCUCCGACGUCAUCUACGUGCUUCGGGACGGGCAUUGCUGCGAGCAGGGCAGCCACGAGGAGCUCAUGGAGCAGAUGGGCGUCUACUACAGCAUGGCCACCCUGCAGGCAAAGGCGAAGGCAGAGACGGAGGAGAAGCAUCAAGACGAGGAGACCGAGGAGGACGAGGACGCAAGUCCGGGGAGCACGGCGAUCUCCCAAGCGGCGAGCUCGCUCCGCUUCCCGGCGAGCUCGGAAAAGGAGGAGGGACAAGGCCAAGCAGGCCCAGGAAGUGCCGUCUCCCAUCCCGCCGGCCCAGUCCGGUGCCGUCUGCUUGGCAUGAUGAAGGCCUACUGGUGGAUGUGGCCCAUCGCGGCUGUGAUCGUCAUGGCGGAGGCAGCUGCGAUGCCCCUGCAGGGCCUCUUCUUCAACUCGGCCGUCCUGUCGCUCUUCGACAGCGGCUUUGGCCUGGCGGGCGACCUGCAGCAGCUUGACGAGGCGGUCUUUGGCUUGCUGAUGCUUGGCUUGGGGGGUGGUGUCUUCACCUUGCUCCAGAACUCGCUCUUCACCUACCUGCAAGAGUCCCUUUGCAUGAUCCUGCGCAAGGCGGCUUUCGCCAGCACACUCCGCAUGGACAUGGCCUUCUUCGACGCCCCGGAGAACCAGAAGGCCAGCAUCCUGGUGUCCUUGGAGAGGCACAUGAACCGCGUGGGGCAGAUGCUGGGCAUCCAGCUCGGAAACACCUUCGGGGCCCUCUUCACCUGCUUCCUGGCCCUCGGGAUCAGCUUCUUCGGCUGCUGGGUCCUGGCAUCCGCGGCCUUGAUCUUCUUGCCCGUCUGCUUUGCUUUGGGAUUCAUGGCCACCGUGGGCGCCGCGCGGCGGGAGCCAGAGGCCGAGGAGGCUUACGGAAGGGCCGGGCAGGUCACCUCGGAGGCCGCCGCGAGCAUCCGCACUCUGAGAGCUUUGGGGGCCGAGGAGCGCACCUUGGAGAUCAUCGACGGCUUCUUGGAGAGGCUUACGGAGCUGAAUGCCGCGAAGAGCUGGGAGCUGGGCCUCGCACUGGCCCUGAACAUCAGCCUCUUCCCGGUGAUCUUUCUGGUGGGCUUCUGGAUCAGCGCCGUGAGCAUCCAGUCCUGGGGCUUCGAUGCCAGCGAGGUGCUCCUGACGCUCUUCUGCAUGGUCUUCGGGGCCAUGUCCGUGAGCUCCAUCGUCCAGUACAUCCCCGACUCUGCCUCCGGCUACCAUGCGGCGGUGGAGGUCUUCAGACUCAUGGACCAGGUCUCCAAGAUCGACGCCACGCAGCCCGCGGGCCGCGUGGAGAGCAUCGGGGACGGUGCGAUCCAGUUCCAGGAGGUGCAGUUCUGGUACCCCCAUCGCCCCGAGGUCCGGGUGCUGAAGAAGCUCAGCUUCAGCAUCGAGAAGGGCCAGGCGGUGGCUUUGGUCGGCUUCUCGGGUAGCGGCAAGUCGACGGUGAUCCAGCUCCUCCAGCGCUUCUACGACCCCCAGGGCGGCUCAAUCCGUGUCGGCGGCGUGGACUUGAUGGACUUGAGCGUUGCCUGGUGGCGAAGACAGCUGGGAGUCGUUGGCCAGGAGCCUGUCCUCUUCGACAUGACCCUGGAAGAGAACGUGAAGUACGGCUGUCCGGAGGCGACAGAGGCCCAGGUGCGCGAAGCAGCCAAGGCUGCUAACAUGAACUUCGUCUGCGACGGCGGUUGCAAGCUGUCCGGCGUGAAAAGCGGUGCAGUGAGGUGGACGGACCGCGUCGGACUGCGUGGGGAGAAGCUGUCAGGCGGACAGAAGCAGCGCGUGGCCAUCGCGAGGGCGCUGCUGAGGGAGCCCCAGUUCAUGCUCCUUGACGAGGCCAUGUCAGCGCUUGACUCCGUGUCGGAGAAGGUGGUGCAGCAGGCCAUGCAAGAGCUAAGGCAGGGCAAGACCACCAUAACCGUGGCACAUCGCCUCUCCACGAUCCAGCACUCGGACAAGAUCUUCGUGCUAUCGGACGGCCACCUGGUCGAGUCCGGCACGUACGACGAGCUCGUCAGUCUGCGCGGCAACUUUGCCGCCCUUGCUGCUGGAAGCCUGUGA